AUGUUUGGCAGGACCAGAUCUAGAAGCACCGGUAGUAAUACCAGCAACACAAGCUUUGAUAGAAAUAUGUAUCAAUAUUAUUAUAAUCAUUAUACUAAAACUAAUGGUGAUGAAUAUAGAAUACAAGAUAUGAAUGACAAUCCUAAAAACUUUAGCAUGGAAAACCAAACCGUUCUAAUUAGCGGUGGAUCACAAGGCUUAGGUUUUCAAUUUGCCCGCAAGUAUUAUAAGGAAACUUGCAAUACAAGAAUUAUACUAGUUAGUAGAUCUUCUGACAAAUUAAUUAACGCAUGCGAAAAAAUAACUGGUGAUGAGCAUCAAUCACCCUCCUUUCUAAACAUUCAAGACUAUGAUGAGAAAUUACAUACGCACAUUCCUGGCGUUAGUAACGUUGAUCAAAACAGUUAUAGAAAAAACAAGAAGCAUGACUCUUCUUUUACCAUCACCAAUAAUAAAAAUAAUUCUAUCAGCGAUAGAAAUAUUAGGUUGUUCUACUAUCCUUGCGACUUAUCCAAAGCUGAGGAUGUUCAGGGCAAUUUGAUUAGCCUAUUGGUUUCUAAAAGACUAUUGCCCACACAAGUUUUUUUUUGUGCUGGUGGUGCCCACCCUGCUCUUUUUAAAGAUAUGGAGCUACAACAAUUAGAAAAUGGUGUAACCAUGAACUAUUUAAGCGCGUUAUAUUUAUCCCAUUCCAUUUUAAAAUUGAUUAAUACCUACGACAAUUAUAAUCCUCAUUUAAUCUUCUUUAAUAGUGAAGCUAUUUUUUUCCCCUUUAUAGGAUAUUCCCAAUAUGCUCCAUUAAAACAAGCUUUAAAAUGUUUGGUUAGCAUUUUAAGACACGAAUACCCUAACCAAAGAAUAAGUAAUGUUUAUCCAGGUAACUUUGAUAGUGAAGGGUUUAAAGUUGAAAAUGAAACAAAACCUGAAAUCACAGUUGAGCUAGAGGGUAAAUCAACAACCAUAAGUUGUGAAGCCUGUUGUGACAAGAUUAUUUGGUGGUUGGGCAAGGGAUAUGAUGAUAUAACUACAGAACUUUUGGGUUGGUUUUUGAUGAGUUUAGAUUUAGGCUUAAAUAAAAAUUGGAAUUAUAGCAUCUUUUGGUUUCUUCAAUUACUAAUAGGUUGCAUUUUCAACUUGCUAGUGGCUCCGUUUUAUAUGUUUUUCACUGAUCGUUUGAUUAAGAACUGGUCAAGAAAACAAUCUGGAUAUAAUAGUUCUUCUAGUGCAUCCAUUAUUGGUCCUGACAACAGCUUAUAUGAAUUAAGAACUUCUGAAGGGGGCGUUAGCAGUAGUAGCAGCAGUACCUAUCCGUUAUUACAAAAAACUAGCAGUUUGACUAUUGCCGAUGACAAUGAUGAAACGAGUAGUAUUACAAGUAGUAGGUACGGUGGAAGGAGAUUAAAAACUACCAGCAAUGGUGUCACUGCUGCUACUACCACUACUCUCAAUCCUGCCAUUAUUAAUAGUAACGAAGAUAGGUUUCUUGGUUUUACUAAGGGUAGUAAUGGAUCAAGACAAAGAUUACUGUAG